GAACAGUCCAACAUGGCGGCGGUGGAAGUGACGGUGGAGAGGCUGCUCUCCCUGUGGAGGACCCCGGGUCUCCGGCUCUACUUCCCGGGGGUCUUCGUGCUGCUGACGGUGCUGGGCUCCGUCCUGAAGGAGCUGGAGCUCGUCCCGGAAACUUACUUCAGCAGCAGCCGGAACCUGCUGAACCUGUAUUUUGUCAAAGUGUCCUGGGGCUGGACGCUGCUGCUGCUCACGCCCUUCGUCCUCCUGUCCAACUCGUCCUUCAGCCGCAGCGCCUCCUUCCUGGGCCGCCGGCUGCUGUCCCUGGCGGUGGCGACCUCCGUGUGGUACGUGUGCACCGAGACCUUCUUCUACAUCGAGGACGUGACCGGCUCCUGCUUCCACUCCUCCUCCAUGGAGGCGCUGAACUCGGAGCUCACCACCAAAGUGUCCUGCAGGCGCGCCGGCUUCCACUGGUGGGGCUACGACAUCUCGGGCCACUCCUUCAUCCUGUGCUACUCCGCCCUCUUCAUCGUGGAGGAGAUCGCGCCCAUGGCCUGGGUGAAGACGGCUGGACUGUCCCCUCUGCCCCGGCUUGUCCUCAACCUGCUCUACGUGGCUCUGAACCUGCUGGUGGCCCUCUGGGUGUGGAUGUUCGCCUGCACCUCUGUUUACUUCCAUGAGUCCAUCCAGAAGUGGCUGGGCACCACGUGUGCUCUGCUGGCCUGGUUCCUCACCUACCGGGUCUGGUAUCUGAACCCCUGGUCUCCAGGACUCCCUCCUCAUCGCCGACAGAAGGAGAAGAAGCAACACGCCUGAGCUGCACUCGAACGCUCCUCCACCACCUUGUUUCUGACACACUACAGUAGAUGUUAUGUCUCCAGGUCCAAGCUGUCGCACUACUUUAACUUAUAGAAAGGUCGUCUGGUGCAGGAGGGCCGGCUGGUGGCGCCUCCUGGUGUUUGACAGCUGCUGUUCCCAAAAUGCCUCCUGGUAAUCUGAGAUGAACUCAAGACGCUGCCUCCUUUGUCCGGCUCCUCACAUUCAGCCUCUGGAGCUGCUCUCAGACCUGAAGUCCAGAUGUUCUCCUGAAAUAUCCAGAGGGACUGAAUGUGAGAACGCAAAUCCCCGAGUCAGCUUUUCUUGUCAGCUCCCCCAGAGUAAAACCUCCAGAUAAUGAGUGAGCCCAUGUGAGAACACAGCAGGAGAUUCUCCAGAGGAUUCAUCACGAGUCUCCUGCGCCUCCUCUCUCCUCCCUCCUGCGCCUCCUCCUCCCACUUCACCUCUCCCCAGACCUGUGUUGUGUCUCGAGUGGAGAAUCUCCUGCUGAAUUCCUCACAUCUGAAACAAACUCCAAAGAAAGUCCGAGCCCGGUUGUGAGGACCUUCUCCCGAGAGGUUCUCACGCUGGGUGAUUGUUUGUUUGUUGCCUUAUAAUAAUAUUAUAAUAUUAUAAUAUAUAAUGUUUCUUUCCUCAUAGAUGAGUAAUUACAGUUUUUACACAUGUGGCCACGUUUGAUCCUCCAGUUUUUAAUCAGCUGGUUUCACACACACACAUGGUUUGAGGUUGAUGUGACUGUGUGUUAACAUUAUAUUUAAAUUUCAUACAAAAAGAUAAUUGAACUGUAGUUGUAAACCAGUCAUACAAGUACAACACAUUAUUUAAAUACUUCAGAGGACAAGGCUGGAGGUAUUCAGUUAGUAUUAUGGUAUUCAAUUAUUUAGGGCUGCAGCGAACAAGCAUUUACACAAUCAUUAAAAAAUAUAAAUAAUCAAAAUGUCACUAUUCCAAUGGUCCUAAAUCCAAAGAAAUUUAGUUUACUAUCUGUUUAUAAAAGAAAUAUAUGGUGAUUUUAAAUGAUAAAUCAACUGUUAAAACAUUUGCAAUGUUAUUUUCUUGUCAAGCAGCUUCCUUGUUUCAGCUGAAAUGUUUCUCAUCUUUAAGUAUAAAGACGUAGACGUAUUAAAAACAAGCUAAGCUAAUUCCUCUCUGCCACAGACCUCCAUUGUUUUCCACAUUGAUGAUGAAGAACCACGGAGCUCGGUUGUUUUUAGAAAAUAGUUUUAAAGACUGGAACUUUAUUUGCCAAACGUGUUCAAUAGGAUUCAUCGAGCUUCAGAGACAGAAAGUGAUGAGGAGGUUUUCAUCUGUAUUUGUUUAUUCGUUAGCAGAAUAAUGCUAAAACUACAGAACUGAUUCCAAUGUAAUAAUCUGGAGACGUGGAGCUUGACCCAAUAAAGAAUCCAGAAAAUGUC